CCCUAUGUAUAUAAAUACGAGUUGGAUUCUUUUCCAAAUGCUUAAGCUCAGCCCCAUUUUAGUGAACUUGUGAGAGAGGAUUUGAAAACCCAAUUCAGAGAGGUUGAGGAGUUCUGCUUUGCAAGUGACAAUGGCUCUCCAGGCUGCUUCUCUGGUUCCCUCUGCCUUCAUCACCCCAAAAGAGGGAAAAUCCGGUGCAUCCUCCAAGGACUCAAGUCUUUUUGGAGUUUCAUUCUCAGACCAUCUUAAAGCUGACUUCAGCUCUUCUGGUUUAAGGUGUAAGAGGGAAUUCAACCAAAGAGUUGGGGCAGUGAGAGCUCAGACAGCGGCUACAUCUGCUCCGGCAGUAAAUAGGGCUGCACCAGAGGGGAAGAAAACUUUAAGAAAGGGCAGUGUGGUGAUUACUGGUGCCUCCUCUGGACUGGGUCUGGCCACGGCUAAAGCUCUAGCUGAAACCGGAAAAUGGCACGUAAUUAUGGCCUGCAGGGAUUUCCUCAAGGCUGAAAGAGCUGCCAAGUCAGCUGGCAUUGCCAAGGAAAAUUAUACCGUCAUGCACUUGGACCUUGCCUCACUUGACAGUGUCCGCCAGUUUGUUGAUAACUUCAGGCAGUCAGGCCGCCCGCUUGACGUGUUAGUCUGCAAUGCAGCUGUCUAUUUGCCAACUGCUAAGGAGCCUACAUUUUCUGCUGACGGGUUUGAGCUUAGUGUUGGCACUAACCACCUCGGUCACUUCCUUCUCUCGCGGUUGCUGCUUGAUGACUUGCAGAAAUCCGACUACCCGUUAAGGCGUCUCAUCAUCGUUGGCUCAAUUACAGGAAAUACAAAUACCUUGGCUGGGAAUGUACCUCCUAAGGCCAACCUCGGGGACCUGAGGGGGCUUGCAGGGGGCUUAAAUGGGCUAAACAGCUCGGCCAUGAUUGAUGGUGGAGGCUUUGAUGGUGCCAAGGCCUACAAGGACAGCAAAGUCUGCAACAUGCUCACCAUGCAAGAAUUCCACAGGCGCUACCACGAGGAAACAGGCAUAACAUUUGCUUCCCUUUACCCUGGCUGCAUUGCCACAACAGGCUUGUUUAGGGAGCACAUCCCCUUGUUCAGGCUCCUCUUCCCUCCCUUCCAGAAGUACAUCACCAAGGGCUAUGUCUCCGAAGAUGAAUCCGGGAAAAGACUUGCUCAGGUUGUGAGUGAUCCGACCUUAACAAAGUCUGGUGUUUACUGGAGCUGGAACAAGAAUUCAGCUUCAUUUGAAAACCAAUUGUCUCAAGAAGCUAGUGACACAGAUAAGGCUCGGAAGGUGUGGGAAGUCAGUGAGAAACUUGUUGGUUUGGCCUAAACAUGUCUCAAGAGCCUUGAUCUUUGCAGUGGGAGAGGAAGAUAUCACUGAGACUGAGUCCAGUCGUGAGUGUGGAGUUUCGACUCCGGUGCUGUGUUGUAAACAAUUUUCUUGUAGAUGUCUAUGACUUCUUACAAUCGUCAAUAAAAUCACUCACCCUCAUUUUGUUACAAAGCACAAAUCA